AUGUCUAUGAACUUUGUCACUUUCAACCAAGAUUACAGCUAUCUAGCUGUCGGUACUUCCAAGGGAUUUCGGAUCUUCACAACGGACCCUUUCACUAAGAGCUAUGAAACCAAAGAUGGAAACAUAGCGAUCCUGGAAAUGUUAUUCUCAACAUCGCUAGUGGCUCUCAUCUUAUCACCCCGCCGUCUUCAGAUUACAAACACCAAGCGGCAAUCCACCAUAUGCGAGUUGACUUUUCCAACGACCGUGCUAGCGGUCAAGUUGAAUCGGAAACGACUGGUGCUAGUGCUCGAAGAUUACAUCUAUCUAUACGAUAUUCAGACGAUGAAACUUCUUUCGACAAUUGAGACGUCGCCUAAUCCAAACGAUCGACCCAUCAGUCCUAGUUCCGGCGACUAUCGGGACGAACAAGAUGAGUCUGGCAUGGAUGCAUCUGAUUUCAACUCGAGGAAGCAUAAUGGCACAUUAAUGGGCAUGCUCCGACGGACAUCCCAAAAUGUUGGGAAUACGUUUGCCGCUACUGUGGGGGGGUAUCUGCCCAAAGGAGUCAGCGAGAUGUGGGAGCCGACACGAGACUUUGCCUGGAUGAAACUGCCGAAGUCGGGGCAGGGCUCAGGAGGUCAGGCCACCGGACCUGUGAGGAGUGUUGUAGCUAUGAGCAGCAACACACCGCAGGUUAUGGUAGUUACCAGUGAGGGCAACUUCUAUGUGUUCAACAUCGAUCUAUCCAAGGGCGGCGAGGGCACACUGACCAAACAAUAUUCUGUACUUGAUACCAAUGACAAACUUGGAACGUCAGGCUUGGACUAUUGA